CCUCCUUCGUGCCUUUCUGAGGGCGCGCGGGAAUCUGGCUGGCUCCCGGCCGCGGAGCCCCCAGGCCCGCAGGUGGCAGGUGCCGGAAGAGGCUCGUCGCCGCGUCAGGGCAGGCGCUGGCGGCCUGCGCCCUUUCCCGGGUCCUCGAGACCGAGGUCAGGAACCAGAGCGGCGGCGGCUCCGGGCAUGGCGGCCUCGGAGGCGGCACCCGCUCCGGCGGAGGGCGCAGACUCGGCGCCCUGGGCACAGCUGGAGGCCCCCGCCCAGCUCCUGCUGCGGGCGCUGCAGGCGGGGCCGGACGGGGCGCGGCGCGGCCUGGGGCUGCUGCGGGCGCUGGCCAGUCGCGGCGGGGAGCCCUUCGGUUGGGGCCGCAUCCUCGAGGCGCUGUGCCGGGAGGAGCCCGUCGUGGAGGGCCCGGACUGUCGCCUGGAGCUGAAGCCACUGCUGCUGCGCUUGCCCCCGUUAUGCCAGAGGAAUCUGAUGUCCCUGCUGAUGGCUGUUCGGCCAUUGUUGCCUGAAAAUGGACUACUCCCUGUGCUGCAGAUUGCACAACAAGACCAAAGCCCUGACCCUGAUGCCUGGCUCUGGGUCCUGGGGGAAUUGCUGCAGAGGGAUUUGAACGGUGGGGUAUCGACUGAGGGCGUGUCUGUGCUGUCUAAGAGCUGCCAGGGACGGCUCCAAGGCCUGUGUAGGCGGCUGGGCCGGGGAGGCAGGAGGCUGAAGUUGCUCCAGGUUCCAGAGCCUGAAGAGGAAGAAGAGGAGGACAAGGAGGACAGGGACUCUCAGCAACCUGGGAAACGCAGAAAGGGGCAAGAGGAAGGACCUACCAGUCCUGAGGGCGAGUGUGCCCCCAAAAAGUUCCAGUGUUUGGAAGGGGAAGAGGAAGAAGGUCAGGAGGAGGAGAGAUGUGAACCUGAAUCUUUGGAAUCCCUGGCAGAUGGAGAAGAUGCCCUAUCCAUUAAGAACCAGAGUGUCAGGGCCAAGCCCAGUGAGGCUGGUCAGAGUCUGGAGGCUGCUAAGGACCUAGCUGAGAGUUUGCAGUUGCCCAAACCUGUCCAGGACCAGGUUCCCAGACUGCAGCAGCUGCUCAAGACAUUGGGGGAGGGGUUGGAGGAUACCCUGCCGGUUGAGCUACAGCUUCUCCAUGAAUGCAGUCCCAGCCAGGUGGACCUGCUGUGUGCCCAGCUGCAGCUCUCACAGCUCUCCGAUCCAGCUCUCCUGCAGCUCUGCACCUGGCUUCUGUCCCUUUCCCCGGAUCUCAGCCUCAGCAAUGCUACUGUUCUGACCAAGAGCCUCUUUCUUAGACGGAUUCUCUCCCUGACUUCCUCAGCCUCCCGCCUGCUCAUGACCGCGCUGACCGCCUUCUGUGCCAAGUAUGCCUAUCCUGUCUGCAGAGCCCUCCUUGUCCCUGUGCUCCAGGCCCCGGGAACAGGUCCAGCUCAAACAGAGUUACUGUGUUGCCUUAUGAAGGAUGAGGCCCUGGAGCCAGACGCACAGGUUCUAAUGCUGGGACAGAUCUUAGAGCUGCCCUGGAAGGAGGAGACUUUCUUGGUGUUGCAGUCACUCCUGGAACGGCAGGUGGAGAUAACCCCCGAGAAGUUCAGUGUGUUGAUGGAGAAGCUCUGUAGAGAGGGGCCAGCAGCCACCACUUCCAUGGCCUAUGCCAAGCUUAUGCUGACAGUGAUGACCAAGUAUCAGGCCAGUAUCACUGAGAUCCAGAGGCUGGGCCUGGCCACAGCCCUAGAGCUUAACACCACUUUCCUGAGGAAGUCCCUGCAGGCUGCCCUGAGACAUCUGGGCCCCUGACCAUCCACCAAGAGACCACACUCCUGGAGCUCCCCCACCAGCUGCCUGAAGAAUACUUUUGCCCUCAGCACCAUCCCCUGACCCCUUGUCUGGGGAUAAAGGCUGAGCCUGGCCAUCCCAUUCCUGCUCCAGGAUGCAGAGAGGCCCCCCACUUGGCCCCCCAGCCAGCACGGGGGUGCUUCCUGGGCUGAGGGGGCUGGAGGAGCUUUAUUUCCCAGGGCUGCUGACCUUUGGGCUCACUCUUUGUCACAUUUUCAUCAGAUGAUGGGGACAAACUUUCUGAAAGGCCUCAAUAGGGUCAAAGCAGACCAAGAGUAGAUGAAUGAUGCUUCAGGAGCCCUGAGAUGACCUGUGUGCUCAGCAUGAAUAUCUUGCACAGGGGCGCCUGGAUGGCUCAGUUGGUUAAGUGUUUGCCUUUGGCUCAAGUCAUGAUCUCGGGGUCCUGGGAUCGAGCCCUGCAUCUGGCUCUUUGCUCAGCAAGGAAUCUGCUUCUCCCUUUCCCUCUGUGCUUGUGCACUCGCUCUCUCUCAAAUAAAUAAUCAUUAAAAAAUA